AAUGGAAGCGAGAGACGGGAUUUUCACAAAAACGCGAAUUCUUGAGCGGAUAAACGAUUGGUAGGCCUGCGUGAACGACGCGAAGCGCGCGUUACAAAAAAAAUCUCAUUUCCAACGAAGAUAGCAGCUGCAAGAAAACCAAAUUUUUUUACAAUCUCCAACGUGACCCUUCGUAAUUUUGUCUCUUUGACUACGCAAUUGUGAACGGAAUCAGCGACGUAAUGAACCGCCGGAGAUUAAUAUGACUUGAUCGUCAGACGCAUGUGUCUCGUUUCGUGAGUGACGUAACAACGGCAUUAUAAUAUAAAAAUGGCCGGCGCCGUGUGGGCCGAGGACGAGAUCGGGCGAAAGUGGGAUCGCUGUUUCACGGACGCAAUCCUCAAGUUGGGUGGCGGCCUGGCUCUUGGUGGAGUGUUUUCUCUAUUUUUCUUCAAAAGAAAGAAGUGGCCCAUUAUAACCGGUGCAGGCUUUGGACUAGGUAUGGCAUAUUCCAAUUGUGAGAAAGAUAUUAACGCAUCAAUAAGUCAGAAGCCUAAGAGUUGUAAGCCUGAAGAAAAGAAAUAAUUAUUAGAACAAAUUAUAAAAAACAAAAUUGAAUAUUAUUGAGAUAAAUAUUACAAUAAACUAAAUGAUUUGUUGUUUUUGUAUUCAAUUUAUAUCUCCUGACUUUACAAAAGUAAUGAUACAAUGAAUCACUUUGUAAAAGAAA